GCUAGCCUCUCCGUGCCAGAGCGGUCUGCACUCUGAGACCCCUUAAAAUAGCUAAUCAUGCCUCCUCUGCCUUUUUUAAGACCGGGGGCCUCUCUGGUUACACUAGUCGCCGGGGAAAUAUAUUCCAAUGAGCUCUGAAAUCCUCUCACUGCUCCGCUGUCUCGGUUGGCUGAACAGCUCUUCAUCUCUUCGGUGGGAAGGUGUCGGAUUGUCUUGUCGCCAUGUCCAAAGUCAAAGCUCCAACAGGUGCAGCAAAGACGGAUGACUCCAUACGAGCAUUCGCAGAGAAGGUGUUCGCCUCGGAGGUGAAGGAUGAGAACGUCAGGGAGGAGAUCUCCGUCUUUGACGUGGCAGAGGACUGUCCCAUCUUCCACCAUGAGUUGGCCGAUCAUCUGCAGCAAGAAAGCACAGAGAAGCGGAAGAAACGCCUGCAGCGAGCUCGUACCAUCUCUGUCCCCUCACCGCUCAGCGAGAAGUCUCCAACCACGCUGGUGCCAGUGGUGGAGGAGGUGCCAAUCUACCUGGAGGUGCCUGAGUUCCAACGAGUGGCCAUCAUUGGAGACUACGCCUCUGGGGUGGGUCCCAUUCUGUCCUUCUGUCCCUCCCUUCUCUCUGUCAAUGUCCAAUUCUGUCACUUCAACAUGAGCAGAUCAAACUGUCACAGAAUUCAGUUGAUCUCUCUUCCAGUGUUCACGCCACCUCCCAAAAAAGACGAGGACCCUCUGUCCACUGAUAGCCUGCCUGAGAACCUGGGCUAUGUAGCCCGUAUAAGGGAUGGCGUGGUCUGUAUCUACGCCAGUAAGGAAGCAGCAGACAAGCACGAGCCCAAAGACCUGCCUUACCCUGACCUGGCCACAUUCAUUGAUGACAUGAACUUCCUCAUCGCCCUGAUUGCUCAGGGACCCACUAAGACCUACACCCACCGCAGGCUGAAGUUCCUCAUGUCCAAGUUCAACGUCCACGAGAUGCUGAACGAGAUGGAGGAGCUGAAAGAGCUGAAGAAGAACCCUCACCGUGAUUUCUACAACUGCAGGAAGGUGGACACCCACAUCCACGCGGCGGCCUGCAUGAACCAGAAGCACCUGCUGCGCUUCAUUAAGAAGUCGUAUCGCGUGGACUCCGAAAGGGUGGUGCAGUGCAUAAAGGGCAAGGAGGUGACGAUGAAGGAGCUCUUCGCCUCCCUCAACCUUCACCCCUAUGACCUCACUGUUGACUCCUUGGACGUGCACGCCGGCAGACAGACCUUCCAGCGCUUUGACAAGUUCAAUGCAAAGUACAACCCUGUGGGGGCCAGUGAGCUGAGGGAUCUGUACAUGAAGACUGACAAUCACAUCGAUGGGGAGUACUUUGCUACCAUCAUCAAGGAGGUGGCCUCAGACCUGGAGGAUGCGAAGUACCAGUACGCUGAGCCCCGUCUGUCCAUCUACGGCCGCUCGGCCUCCGAGUGGACCAAGCUGGCCCAGUGGUUCACCAAGCACCGUGUCUACUCCCACAACAUGAAGUGGAUGAUUCAGAUUCCCAGGAUCUAUGACAUUUUCAGAGCCAAGAACUUUGUGCCGCACUUCGGGAAGAUGCUGGAGAACAUCUUCCUGCCAGCCUUCGAGGCCACGAUCAACCCUCAGAGCAACAAGGAGCUGAGCAUCCUGCUGAAACACGUGACAGGCUUUGACAGCGUGGAUGACGAGUCCAAGCACAGCGGCCACAUGUUCUCCACCAAAAGCCCCAAGCCCAACGAGUGGGAUAUUGAGAAGAACCCCUCCUACACCUACUACAUCUACUACAUGUACGCCAACAUCAUGGUGCUGAAUCAGCUGCGCAAGCAGCGUGGGAUGAACACGUUCCAGUUCAGGCCUCACUGUGGAGAAGCUGGCGCCAUAACCCACCUAAUGGCCUCCUUCAUGACUGCAGAUAACAUCUCCCAUGGGCUCAACCUGAAGAAGAGUCCCGUCCUACAGUACCUGUACUUCCUGGCUCAGAUCCCCAUCGCCAUGUCGCCCCUCAGCAACAACAGCCUGUUCCUGGAAUACGCCAAGAAUCCCUUGCUGGAGUUUCACAAGAAGGGGCUGAUAGUCUCCCUGUCCACUGAUGACCCCAUGCAGUUCCACUACACCAAGGAACCCCUGAUGGAGGAAUACGCCAUUGCAGCCCAGGUUUUCAAGCUGAGCACCUGUGACAUGUGUGAGAUAGCCAGGAACAGCGUUUUGCAGAGCGGCCUGUCCCAUGAGGAGAAAGUUCACUACCUCGGGGAUAACUACCAGAAAGAAGGGCCUGAGGGCAACGACAUUCGUAAGACUAAUGUGGCCCAGAUCCGCAUGGCGUACCGCUACGAAACCCUCUGCUAUGAGCUCAACCUCAUCAAGGAAGGCAUCAAGGCCUCCGACUGAGCCCACUCCACUCCAUAACUCUGUGUGUGGCACAGAACUGGAUCAAGAAGCCUCUCCUUUUCUCCUUCAGUCUCCUAGUAUGUUUCCCUUUCUGCUGUAGCCAAUCUGGAAAUUCGUUUACAUGGCUUUUGUCACCUUUUAAUUAAUAAUAGUCCUUUAAUAUUAUGGUCACCUAAAAAGGAUAUAUAAAAUAUUAAAUAAAGCCAUGUUAUCAGGUUUCCUGUUUGUUCCUGUUGUCUUGAAUAUCUAUUAAAACAUUUGCUUUCUGGAUUCUAGUGUUGAAUAACUUACAAAUAUGCAAAUAUAAUAUAAAUAUACGAAUGAAUCUAUUUCAGCUGCUGUAAUGCACAGUUGCACUAUAGUAUUGACCUGCUGACAUCAGUGAUUUUCAUUUAUAUGUAUUUUCUCAGUGUCUCAAAAAACUAGCAUUGACAUGGUAGCAUGCUCCAAACAUUAUUAGACACUUCCUGCAUUAUGCUCUUCCUCUGCCUUUAAAAAAACAUCUGGAUGUGAAAUACAUGGUAGAAAUACAAAAUAUAAACCUUCCCCUGAUUUCUUCUUAAUUAUUACUGAAGGAGGGGGGUUUGUAUCAGAAAUGUAAAUCUCUUAUACAUCAAAGCUGCCAGUCAAUGUCAGAGCCAGAAGGAUGUCCGUGCUACACUGUAGUACAUUGGCUUAUUUGUCCAUUAGUCAUGACUGAGCUCCAGGAGGAGCAAUUUUGCAGAAUUAAUAAGACCUAUUAAAAAUAGUGAGGGAGAUAAAACACAUUAGAUACAGUGCUGUUUUUUCAGGUAUUCAUAACUCUUUUACGAAAUUCUGUCCUCCAACACAAGCUGCUGCUUGUGGAAAAUUAAGAAAAGUGAAAUUUUUGAAUCUGGUCUUUGCUUUGGGAGUGUCACGAAUAUGCUUCAAGCUGACCUGCUGCCCAACAGAUCAGCACCUGGCUCAGCACUUGCAGAUACAUCCAUCAUUGAAAGAGCUAACAUGCUGUAACACAGAAACUUUCCAUAGAGCCUGGUAAUAAUGAGACUGUGGACAAUUCAUGUAGAGGACCUACAGUUCAGGAAAAUGCCCUGCCUUCUGGUUUAAUUACUCCUGACCUAUUAAUGACAUAAUCACAUCAAUAAUUUACUAAAACUAAAUUUCUGCCAUUUCCGAGUUUGUAACCGUUGAGUAGUUUUGAAUUUCCUAUAAACCCUACAAAAAAGCUAUUUGAACAAUUCUUGAGUGUCAUUAAAGGACAACCAUACUGUUGUCUAGACGAAGAUAUGACAAAUCGGUUUCAGUGUCUGUACAGGAUAUGUGAGGCAGGUCACAUCAGCUUGUAUUAACAUUGCUCAGAGCUUUCUGGUGGUUGCUACUGUACAUCUGAAAAACAGAAGUAAAAGUACUGCUGUACUUUGCUGGUCUGGAUAUGUCAAUGAAACAGUAGCACAGCCUUAGUUCCAACAGAGUUGUUUGAGUUACUCACAGUUUUUUAAAAACACAUUUUUGUGGAAUUUUGUGGAUUGUUUGUAUUCAGAGCUUGAGGUAUACAAUACAGUACUUUUUACAGCUAUAUCCAUACCACUAUACUCUACCAGUAUCACUGCACUGUGAAUAUUUUACUGUAAUGGAGUUGCAUAGUGCCAUACCAAUUAAAGUGGUCGUUGGGAAAUAACCCUUGAUUAAUCAACAUAUUACACAAUGAAGCAAGCUCACAAGGAAAAAUAGAAUAUGGACUCCUACAGUAAAAACAGCAACAAGCUAUUACACAGGCACAGACAAUGAAUUACAUAACACUUUCUACAGUAUGUAUUUAUAAAUGUGCCAGAAACAAAACUUGCUUUUGUUAUGGUGUGUCAUGCUGUACUAGCCUAUUCUUCUGUUGCAAUAAAUCUCUCUUUAUUA